AUGAUAGAAAAAGAAAGGAUCGUCAUCAAAAGAGGAAAAAUAGGAAAUAUUCAUCAUCAAGUUUAUCAAGACCAUCAUCUUUAGUUUCAGUUUCUGUUUCAUAAUCAGAAUUAUCAUCAAGUUCUGAAAAAGUGCUUAGAUAUAGACCCAAAAAUCAUGAUUAUAAGGCAUUAUUAUUGGAGAAUUUACCAGAAGAUUUAACAAAAUAAUAAUAAGAUAGUGAAUUUAAUGAAGUAGCUAUGGAAGCUAAUUUAAUUUCUCAUGAAGAAAUAUCUAUCAUAAAUGCAUUUAGAUAAGCAUAUAUAAAAUAUUGUUCUGUUGAUUAUGCAAGAAGGUUUUAAUAUAUUUAAAAGGUAAAAUAUAAAUAGAAGAACAUACUCUUAAUGUAAGAUGAUACUAGUGGUAGAUAGAGUAAUAAUUAGAAAAGACAUGAAUUAAAAAUAGUUUAAUUAAUUAGCCACCUACAAUUUAUGAUUUUUAGAAUUCUUUAGUGUUGAAGCUGCAGAGAAUGUAUAUAGAUAUGUUACAAAAAAUGAAGUCAGACUUCAUGGUUAUUAAUUAAUAAUCUAGUAUUCCAGAAAUAAUAGAGCAUCAAGAUAUGAAGAUCAUUCUAAACCAUUUGGGUAAUCUAUAUGGCUAAAAUUAGAUACUAACCAAAUAAUUAAUUUGUGAUGCAACCUUAAGGAUCAAUACAACCAUAGAUUCCUACAUCAAUUUAUACUCAACUAUUUUCAUAAGUUAAUACAUAAUAACAACCAUAAUAACCAUAAGAUAUUACACAAUGA